GAAGUGCGUGGCUCUGAAGAAAUAUGGCGCACAGAGCAGUGCAUAAACCAGUGGUAUGCAUUGCUACAAUCGACUCGUUUACUGCGUUGUUUUUGUCUAUUUUCAUUGCUUUGGCAGCAUUUGAUACAGUGAACGCCGACAAUGUGUUCAGUGCAAGCCACACCGCUACUGUACCCAUCGCUGCUGCCAGGGAUCUACGGUACCUCUUGUAUGAUGUGAACCCCCCGGAGGGUUUCAAUCUGCGGCGAGAUGUCUAUAUCCGCAUGGCCUCCCUGGUGAAGACUUUGAGGAAGGAAGGGGAUGACUGGGUGUUGGUCUUGCCCCCAUGGGGUCGCCUCUACCACUGGCAGAGCUCAAACCUCCAUCAGAUUCGUAUCCCAUGGGGGGAGUUUUUCAGCCUCACUAGCCUGCAGGCCAAUGUGCCUGUCAUUGAGUAUGACGAAUUCAUCGCUGAAAACGGAGGCCCUUUCAUAGAUCAGGUUCUGGUAUUGCAAAACUACGCUGAGGGAUGGACUGAUGGAAAAUGGGAGGAGAAAGUUGAUGAACGACCAUGCAUUGACAAGUUGAUGUACUCCAAAGAUAAACAGGGCUACUACAGAGGCUGGUUUUGGGGCUACGAGGAGACCAGAGCUCGAAAUGUAACGUGUAUAUCAGCCCAAGGUCAUGCCUCCAUCAUGUCCCCAGUCCUCCAGAAGAACAUCACAGGGACAUCGGUUAUGCUUGACCGAGCAGAGACACUCCUUCAUGAUCACUAUGCUGGAAAGGAUUACUGGGAUACCCGCCGCAGUAUGGUUUUUGCCAAGCACCUGAGACUCAUAGGAGAUGACUUCAGAGCAAAGUACCUGAACUCCUCAGAUGACAGAGACCAGACUAUUUACAGUGAGGACUGGACUCGCAUGAAAGCCAAGUUGGGCUCAGCUAAAGGGGGUCCAUAUCUGGGGGUCCAUCUGCGCAGGAAGGACUUUAUCUGGGGUCAUCGGGAGGAUGUACCCAGCCUUAAAGGAGCAGUGAAAAAAAUACGCAGCUUGAUGAAGAAGCACAAACUUGAAAAAGUGUUUGUUGCAUCAGAUGCCGAUGAGGAAGAGUCGAAGGAGCUGCGAAGGUUGUUGCCAGACAUGGUGCGGUUUGAGCCGUCCACGGAGGACCUGGAGCUCUUUAAAGAUGGGGGGGUGGCCAUCAUUGACCAGUGGAUAUGUGCCCAUGCAAGAUAUUUCAUAGGAACUUCAGUGUCCACCUUCUCCUUCCGGAUCCAUGAGGAGAGGGAAAUUUUGGGUUUUGACCCCAAAGCGACAUACAAUCGUUUCUGUGGGGACAAUGAGAAGGAAUGUGAACAGCCCACACACUGGAAAAUUGUUUAUUGAUGCAACCACUUACUUUCCUGACACACAAGUGCCAAAAGCAGUGUUAAAAGGGACAUUUAUUUGUAUGGAAAUUGAAAGAUAUUUUACUGUUUAAUGGUGUAAUUUUUUAUUUCGUUUUUAUGGUUCAGAAUUGUGCAAUCAGGUCUGUAGUGACCACUGAGACCUUAUGCUUAAAACGCCAAGACUGGGCUGCCAAACAUGUAUUACUGUAAUGUUUAACAAGAAAAUCUGCAAUCAUUCUUUGGGCUUUAUGUUGAAUAUUUAUCUUUAAUGACAGCUUCAUUUUUUUUACAUCGUUUCUCAUAUUUAUUACCAGCACCACUGGGGAGAAAGCGUGACUUAAAGUGACUGCAAAAGACUGUUGUGUUGGAAUAUUCUCAGUUUAAACUUUUCGAGAUACAAAGGUGUUGAGCAUCUAUACAUUAACUACUCGUUAUUUAAAUAUACAAUUACAUUUUUCUAAAAUAACACCAGAAAAUUGUGGAGGAACAAUCGUAUAUUGAUUUUUUUUUAAUGAAAGGUACCCUGUGGAACUUUAAAGUAAAGAUGUGUUAAGAAAUUUAUUUUCAAAUAUGUAUUUUGUAUAACCCAGUGUUAUCGACUUUUACUUACUUCAGCAAAAAAAAAGCAAAAUUCCAUAGGACAUUGCUUAGUUUCUAACCGUGCUAAUGACCCUGACUCGUGAUCAGUGCAUGAUGCAUUCAAUCUUAAAAUGCUGCUCCACGGUUCCGAUAUCUCUUUAGUUUUUUCUAAAUAUUGCUAAAUAUUUCUAGCUCACAAUUGUUUCAGAAAUAAGUGCAUUUGGUUCCUAUUCAGCUGUGUUUCUGUGAUGUGAAUUGACCUCUUUUCCUUCUAUGCAGUGCCAGUAUUAACAUUAAUUCCACUGAAUAACAUUACCAUUUUAUUGGUGUUGGAAAUAUGAAGUCGUCAAAAUGAAUAUCAUAAUGCUUUUGAUGGUGCUUAACUUAAUUUUAAAAUGUGUUUUAAUGUAUUUGACAUUGACCAGUAUUAUUGCUAAUUAAAAUAUGUUUAAAAGAAUUUAAAUGCCACAAAUGAGCCACUGUGUUUCGUCAACAUUUGCUCGCUAUGAAGCUGUCAUGUUACUUACAACACAUCAUUUUUUAAAAUUCCUGAAGAUGCCCAUGUUUUUGAUUAAAACAUGUUUGGUAUGGGCUUUUUGUCUAGACUUGCUUUGUACAGUAGUGGUAUCAUUUUCAUGGUAAAUCAAAUGUUUUAGGCUGGUUUAACAUGGCAUAAAACUGAUUUAUGAAAAUGUUUAAAGUUUGAUUGCUGAUGCUUAUAUUUCCGUAUCUCUCUGCAGUCAAUAGCUCAAAUUUAGAAAUGGUGAUGUAAAAAAAAAAGUGUGAUUGUAAAAGGAUAUAUCUUUAAAGUAUGCUAUUGUUGUUAGGGAUAUUUAUUUAUUCACGUUUAUUGACAAAAAAAAAAGAGUGUGAUUGAGGCGGCCCAACCUUAAGAUUUUAGAUGUACUGUAUGCAGUCCUCACAGCCGCAGAGAUUUCUUGCAUGACUAGGAUUUUUUCUCUGUAUGCUCAUAUGAAGAUGAAAAACCAGUAAGACUACCUUGAAGACAGAAUUCACUUGAUACUUAACAAUAUAAUAGUGUCAUAUAUCACCUAUGCUCUCCAUUGGCCCAACCCUGAGGCUUUUUAUUGUCCAUUGUUUUACUUUGUUUGAAAUGUGCCAUAAUGGCAAAAGUGGACUGGCAGAUGUUAACCUGUUAGUUCAGACUCUACUCUGUGUACAAUUAUGCCGAGUCAUUCAGCAGUGUUAGUAUCAGCUGCAAUAAUGUACACCCACACAGUGUGUGUGUGUGUUAGUGUAUGAAAGUGAAGUUAAAAAUGGCAUUAGUUUCAGCUGCAUCAGGCAUUCGUAACAUACAAAUCUGAUUUAUUUUGGCUCAAAUCUUGACCUUUUGUGUAAAUGAAGCAAUUGUGAUUGUAUUUUUCAUAGUAAUUAGUUUUAUAAUUCAUAUCAUAUUCCUUAGUUUAUUACAUUUUUUGUCAGUUGUAUUUGUUUUUCUUUUAUUUGAUUUCAAGUCAUACGAUCUGCAGUGCCGAGUGAAUACACUGCAUUGUUUUUUUUCUUUUCUUUUCCCUGUGGAUCCCCUACAUAAAAGAGGUGUGUAUUUUC